AGAUCCGUGAGGCGUUUCGAGUUCUGGACCGAGAUGGGAAUGGUUUCAUCUCCAAGCAGGAGCUGGGAAUGGCCAUGCGCUCUCUGGGUUACAUGCCCAGCGAAGUGGAGCUGGCCAUCAUCAUGCAGAGACUGGACAUGGACGGGGACGGCCAGGUGGACUUUGAGGAGUUCAUGACGAUACUGGGGCCCAAGCUGCUGUCGUCCGAUAACAGAGAAGGAUUCCUGGGCAACACCAUCGACAACAUCUUCUGGCAGUUCGACAUGCAGCAGCUGUCUCUGGAUGAGCUGAAGCAGGUGCUGUUCCACGCCUUCAGGGACCACCUGACAAUGAAGGACAUUGAGAACAUCAUCAUCACGGAGGAGGAGAGCCUCAACGAAACCUCAGGGAACUGUCCUGAGUACGAAGGAGUUCAUCCUAAGAAGAAGAAUCGGCAGACGUGUGUCAGAAAAAGCCUGAUCUGUGCUUUCGCCAUGGCAUUCAUCAUCAGUGUCAUGCUCAUCGCUGCCAAUCAGAUGCUGCGAAACGGCAUGGAGUGAAAACCAGUUGCACUGUGAGCAUGGGAAGUGGACAGAAACAGCCAUGACCUCACAUUUUGUCUUUGCAGCCAAAGCUGGACCAGCCACAACCCAAGCACUUCUCUAAGCAAUCAUUUGAGUUUAUUAUUUUUAUUUAUUUAUUUUUUUACUUAUGACAUGGACAUUGUGGGUGGAAUGUGGAGAGAUGGGCUUGUUUUGAGAAGAAGAUGUCACCAUACAGAGUCACCGGACUUGAGAUGAUCUUAUGAAAAACCUUAACUGCAAACGAAUAAUGGUUUUAUAUAAAAUCGUGACACUGAACAGGAAUUGCUUUGCUGUUUAAAAGAGCAAAACCACCCUUUAAACUUCAUUUUCUAAUUGACGGUGAUGCUUAUCAGAUGCUUUGAUCCAUUCCGAGCUUUCAAAAACAUGUGGUUAUGGCAGACAGCAUCGUUCUUUCCCUCCAAACGAUGACCUGAAUGUGGUCUGAGUGAAUGUGAACACUAAACAUCAGCCAGAGUGUUUAGAAACAUAGCAAAUUCCUUCUGUUUCAUGUACCUGUGUGUCUGUGUCACAUUAUGUGUGGAGCAUUUACAUCCUCAGCUCAGUUAGCAAACAUUAAAAAUCUUUAUUUGUCUGAAGGAAGCACAACUUAAAACUCAGCGAGGGACCACUCGAGAGCCAUUCCUCUGUCAUUCUCUCAAUUGAUUGGUUGUGUUGCAUUUGUGUGAUGCGUAAAAGACAGGGCUGUCCACAUUCAUUAUUCGCUCGUGCUGCCAGAGAGGUGUGAACUGUCAGAAGACCAGAGAGGGUUUGAUUAUCCUCAUGAACAUGCAAAGAGAGAAAAAUGGGGGAUUUCUGCUCAGCAUCUCAUUGCAACACGGCCCAGCUGUGCUAAAUGUUAAUCACACAAAAGCAUGACAGCAUACACACUGCCAUUAACUCCAGCUCCCCAAGGAUUUCACUGUAUAUAUCGUGCUACAUAGAUUGUGAAACGUGUUACUCCUCUCAGCAGCAGUAUGUGUGAAAGAGAAUAAAAACAAGAGUUUUAUCAGGAUAGGUCACAGAGCCGAGGGUUUUCAGGAGUCUUCUUGGAAAAUGUGUCCCUCUGGUGGUAAAACUGAAAACUGCAGCUAAAACCUGUGCUCAAGUGAAUAUUUCCGUUUCUUUUUUUACAAACUACAUGUUGCUGCUCAGGACUAGAAAAUAAAACACACACCUGCUGCAGAAACUGUGAUACUUUCAGAGGGUCUAUAAACAGUUCUGUCUUCUUAAAUACCUUGAAGUAAUUAAUGCUUAAAGUUUUGUGGCGCCUGUUUACAGUUAGGCUCCUCUUAUAAAUAACUAAUAAACUGUUUAUAAAAAUCAAUCUGUCCAGCCAUGUUCUAUACCUGCUUGUCCACGCAGGUGCCCAUCUCCAGCAAUAUCUGUGCAAUCAGGCAGAGUACAUCCUGGACAGGUUGCCAGUCCGACACAGAGCAGAGACACAGGACAAACAACCAAGCACGCACACAAUCACACCUAAGGACAGUCUUUUUUCUUUUGUUUGAUUUGGGAGGAAGCCUGAGAGAACCCACGCGUGCACAGGGAGAACAUGCAAACUCCAUGCAGAAAGACCACAGGCCAUGAUUCAAACCCAAGACCUUCUUUGUGCAAGGCUGCAGCACUAGUAAACAAAUAUUAUUGGUUUAUAAAGUGUUAAAGGCUGCAUUAAUUAGAGGAGCUUACUGUAAAGUAGUGUUACUAAUUAUUAUUGGUGCACAUCUCACUAAGAUUAAAUCUUAGAAUGAGGGUGUCCUUUAUUUGAAAUGACGUCAGAGUUUAUCUCUAAACGAAUUAUCAUGUUUGGGAGCAUCACAUGGUGAAAAAUGAAAAUAAAUCACUGGAUUAAUCUUAUUAAACAGAUGAGCUCUCUGCACCUGAUGGUGACUUUUUACUGUAAUAUUAUUUAGAUGAGAGACUGAUUUAAAUAGGUUCACUUGUCAUUUUUCUAGUAGACUUUCUUUUUUUAACUGAUCUGCAAAGCUGAGACACUGCUGGUCUGCUUUUGUGAGAAUAUAAAAGGUAAAAGAAGGGAGAGGGCUUUUUAUUUUCAAAAACAAGCAAAAACAUUAGCUUUGUACGAUCAAAUACCUUGUAUAUUGUGAAUCAGUGUGCAUGUUGUUGUUUAGAUAUUUACGUCUUUGAAGAAAGACAAUCCAAUCACUCUUUCUUUACGGUGGCACAGCCUUGGUUUCUGUAUGAUUAUAUACCCUAUCUAUACAGUGACAGCCAUUUUUUAUAGUUUAUACCAGCUAUGAAUCAAAUCAGAGAGCGGAAGAGGGCAUUUUCAUAAAUAUGCAAAUACAAGGUCACGUCAUCAUCAUCGUCUCUGUUUCUCAUCACUGCAGGUCUCACUGUGGACGGAUGAACACCAGAUACAAUGUUAGGUUUAAAUUCUCACUUCCUCAUAGUCCUGUAUAUGUGUGUUUGUAUAAUGUAUGAUACACUUGUCUUAGAAACUCUCAGCACACCAACGUUUUCUGUUGUCUGCCACUGUGGCGCCUUUUGAAACCAGCAUUAAUCACUUUGUCUCCAACUAUCAUGAUGCACAUUUAAACCCGCAUGACUCUUGACUCUUUUUCAAAAUUCAUCUGCGACGGGACAAGACGGCCAGCUCACGACGUUCAUGUUUUUGAUGUUUGUUUUUAACCACAACAUGUUUUUACCAGUUGUAGAUUGUACAGAGAUGCAGUAAACACACAUAUGUAACACAACGUUGGCAUGCUGCUUAGAAAAGGAGGAAGAAAAGAGCAAUAGUAAUCAAAUGGAUAUCUAAAAUGCAAAAUUUAACCUGUUUAAUCAAAAAGAAAAUUAUUAUAUAUAUAUAUAUAAAUAUAUAUGUUUAUGCAAUAAAACCUGGUUUUGAUAGAA